AGUCCGAUGUUUUUGCAGCUCUAAGCUCAACAAUUUCUCAUUUUUUUGUUUACGUUUGCACCGCGAAUUUUCGAGCACCUGCACUCGCAAUUUGUUUCGAGCCAGCGGCGCAUUUUUCGCCGGCAAGUGGCUCUCGAGAUAAAUAAGUCGCAGAACGGGACGGUUUGGUUGAGGCCAGUUUUUUUUUUUUACCAGGCUUAUUUCGCCGCAGCACUUGUCAUUUUAUCGGCGGGCGCCUUUGAUCAUCGGCAUCUCUCCGAAUCGAAAGUUCUUUUGUUCUGCUUUCUGGUCACCUUUCGCCGCUCCCCGCGCUUCCUCCUUUUGGCCACCUAGACACGUCAACAGAUUGGUAAUCGCCGAUUUCAAAUCGGAAACUGGAAACUGGAAUUUAGACGCUGGGAACUUGCAGCACCAAAAUGCGAGUGAGCAAUAUCCGCAGUGGACGGAUCUGCCGGCUGGCAUUGUGUCUUCUGGUGCUGCUGCCACUGCUCUAUCUCCUGGCCAACUGGAGUGAUCACCACAAGCGGGUCCAGGAGGCCUACCACACGAGGUUCGGCGGUCCCAAGUUCGCCCACCAGCGUUUGGAGAGUCGUCCGCGCGAGGUCCCCAAAUUGGUGGAGGGUCUCGGAAACUUCGAGCCGAAAGAUGUGAAGCCACGUAGCGGACCCGGAGAGAACGGAGAGGCGCACAGCCUGUCGCCGGACAAGAAGCACAUGUCCGAUGCCUCGGAAAUGGAGUACGGCAUGAACAUCGCCUGCUCCGACGAGAUAUCGAUGCACCGAUCGGUGCGGGACACGCGGCUGGAGGAGUGCCGCCACUGGGACUAUCCCUUCGAUCUGCCACGCACCAGCGUCAUCAUCGUUUUCCACAACGAGGGCUUCUCGGUGCUCAUGCGCACCGUUCACUCGGUCAUCGAUCGCUCGCCCACGCACAUGCUGCACGAGAUCAUCCUCGUGGACGACUUCUCCGACAAGGAGAACCUGCGCAAGCAGCUGGACGAGUAUGUGCUGCAGUUCAAGGGUCUCGUAAAGGUCAUCAGGAACAAGGAGCGCGAGGGUCUCAUCCGGACGCGAUCCCGGGGAGCCAUGGAGGCAACAGGUGAGGUGAUCGUUUUCCUGGACGCCCAUUGCGAGGUGAACACGAACUGGCUGCCGCCGCUGCUGGCGCCCAUUUACCGGGAUCGCACCGUGAUGACGGUGCCCAUUAUCGAUGGCAUCGACCACAAGAACUUUGAGUAUCGCCCGGUUUACGGGACGGACAACCACUUCCGCGGCAUCUUCGAGUGGGGCAUGCUGUACAAGGAGAACGAGGUGCCGCGCCGCGAACAGCGCCGUCGUCCGCACAACUCGGAACCGUAUCGCAGUCCCACGCACGCCGGCGGCCUGUUCGCCAUCAAUCGGGAGUACUUCCUCGAGCUGGGCGCCUACGAUCCCGGCCUGCUCGUCUGGGGCGGCGAGAACUUCGAGCUGAGCUUCAAGAUCUGGCAGUGCGGCGGCAGCAUCGAGUGGGUGCCCUGCUCCCGCGUCGGUCACGUCUACCGCGGCUUUAUGCCCUACAACUUUGGCAAGCUGGCCAGCAAGAAGAAGGGUCCGCUGAUCACGAUCAACUACAAGCGCGUGAUUGAAACGUGGUUCGAUGACACGCACAAGGAGUACUUCUACACGCGAGAGCCGCUCGCUCGCUACCUGGACAUGGGCGACAUUAGCGAGCAGCUGGCGCUGAAGAAGCGGCUCAACUGCAAGAGCUUCCAGUGGUUCAUGGACCACAUCGCCUACGAUGUGUACGACAAGUUCCCCGGCCUGCCGGCCAAUCUCCACUGGGGCGAACUGCGUUCCGUGGCCUCCGAUGGCUGUCUGGACUCCAUGGGCCACCAGCCACCUGCUAUCAUGGGCCUAACCUACUGUCAUGGCGGUGGAAACAAUCAGCUGGUGCGGCUGAAUGCCGCUGGACAGCUGGGAGUUGGCGAACGUUGCGUGGAGGCCGAUCGACAGGGCAUCAAGCUGGCCGUCUGUCGCCUGGGAACGGUCGAUGGGCCGUGGCAGUACAACGAGCACACGAAGCACCUGAUGCACCGCGUCCACAAGAAGUGCAUGGCUCUGCACCCGGCCACUCAGCAAUUGUCGCUGGGCCACUGCGAUGUGAACGAUAGCUAUCAGCAGUGGUGGUUCAAGGAGAUUCGCCCGCGCUGGUAAGUCCCAGUGUGGAGGAGGAUCAGCAUGGAUCAACCAACUGAGUGGAAGGAGGAGGAGAAGGAAGAGAAGGUGAAGGAGAAGGAGAAGGAGAAGGAGGAGCAGCAGGAAGGUCAAUGGACGGAUCACAAGGGUUUCAGCCGGGGCAAACGGGGGCGAUAUUUUAGACAAAAGCAAUUUAGUGAAAAUGAGAAAUGGAAUUGUUGUUGGUUUUUUGUAACGCAUACGAUUAUACACACACACACACACACACACACACAUACACUUAAAAAAACAAAUAAGACAAGAAAUCAUACAGAUAUAUAUGAUAAACAUAAGCAUUUAUGUAACGCACUGUACACAUGCACUGCGAGCACAUGGAAAUCCCCCAGGUAAUCGGGAUCCAAGGCCAGGGCAUUAAAUGUUCGAACGAUAUUAUUAAAGCUUAGGGCUUCGAUUUUGUACAACAAAUUCGUUUAGAUUGUAAAUCUCAUCCCGUGGAUUAUUAUUCUUAUAAAUUAGCAAAUGCUUGUAGACAAUACUUGUAAGCAAUUUAAAAGCUGGAGUCCGACUUUGCCAGUACGAUCAAUUAGCAAUUUUUAAAUCUAAAUGUGUGUUCUUUGAGUAGUGUUCCAAAAAUGUGAUUUGUUUGCAUUUAAAACUAUUAACUUUAAAUGAUCCAGUACGCAGAUUUAAAUUUAACAAAAAAGGCACUUAGUGUAGAGCAAGAACUCAUCAAAAUUAGUCGGUUAUCAUCACAUUUUAAUUGGCGAAUCUCAUAUAGUAGUUAUACUGAUUAUUAGGUUCCAAAUUUGGGGGAUUUCCAUGCCGUCCUUGCGUUUGAGUGAGAGAGGUAGAGUGCGAGACAGAUAGAAAGAUAGAAUUGAAUCAGAGGGAGAUAGCAAGAGUGGAAAAGAGAGAGAGAGGGCGAGAAGUCGUUGGUGGAUCGAGUGCAAUAGAGGAUUUGUUUAGGAACAGAACGACACGACCGCAGAUUGUUUUGCUUUAUGAUUGCCAACACAAGUUAAUGUACUAACCUUAGUCUGUACUCCUGUAACUCGAACUAACCUUAGCUAAGUUUCGAUGCUGCCACAUUCCAAUCUAAUCUUUAUGAUCUUAUAAUCCAAUCAAAUCCAAAUCCGAACCGAUCUAGUGAGUCUGCAGCGAAGCUCGGCUCUUAAAUUGUUUACGUUUACGUUUCAUUCCGAUUUCCGUAAAGCUCUCUGUACCAGGUAGUCGUAAUCGUAAUUGAUCGUUGCAAGUGCUUCGGGAGUUUGAUUUUUGACAACAAUAUUUUACAUUCAUGUGUAACUCUAGAGUUAUUGAUAAGUCUGAAUAAUAGCAUAGAAAUAAACACGUUUUCUAAACACUUUACCUUGUAAA